UCCUUGUCUGCAUUGGCAAGGCAUGUUCAUUCAUGCCUAAAGGACUGAAGUACAUGAAAGGAUCAAUUCUAUCUGCUAGUGCUACCUGCAUUUAGUUACAGCCUUACUUGAUUACACUCUGUUAAUAAUAGAAGCACUGUAAACUUCCUUGUAAUUCUGCCUUCGCUAAUGCCUUGGAUAUCAAGCUUGUAAAGAACGAGCCCUGUACAAAGUACAAUAGAAACAGGAGCUGUUUGUUUAAUACGUCUACUGCAAUAUUAGCCAUCCGUCCCGUGCCUAAAAUGUUGAUGACCAGAUUUUUGUUUGGCAGGAAGUAUGUUGUUCAUUUCAUUUCUGGUUUCUUGUAAGCGAGAAAUGAAAGCUUGUAAUCUCUUCUCUGCAUUGCUUGUGAUAUGACAGGAAGGAUCAUCAAUUCAAUGUAUUUUGUAUCAAAUUCAAGGUUAACGGUACCUUGGUAACAUCAUCCAACCAUGUGGAGGUCGUUAAAAUGAUCAAAUCUGGUUCGUUUGUAGCUUUAACAUUACUUGGUAAACCGCCUGGGCCUCCCACUUCACCCCCAUCCGGCCCUACCCCGGGCAUAAGCCGGCACGCAUCAUCAAGACAAACAGUAACUUCGCCUCAGCCCACUAAUUCCCAACAAGACGCUCAAGUGAAAUCAGAAAGACUGAACACAUUCAAACGCAUGCUGGAGCAAGAAAGGACUUUACUAGACCACACAGAAAAUGAGUACUCGAAUAAUCCGUCUGAAAAACUUCUGAAGGACAUAAAUGGAAUUAAAACGAGAAUAAGCGUACUAGAGAAGCAGCUGCAGAAGGCUGCAAAUAACAUGAUACAGAACAAGGCUGGUGGAAGCAACAAUCAGCAAUCGUCCUUACCAGUGCAUCCCUCAGGAUACAGCGUCCCUGAGGGCCACACCACAGCAGCUUAUGAUCACACGAAUAUGAACGAAGAGUUACAAAAUAUACCAGAAGAGAGGAGGAAUGAAAAAGCUGCUGAUGUGAAACGGUCUUGGCUACCACAAGGAAUAUCCCACCAUAGACAGAGGAGUAGCCCUGAGACGUUCACCCGGAUCAACAACCAAUCCCCUACAGCAGGGGUCAAGAGGAACAACUCGGACGCUCAGGCCAAAGAAGCGGCCAGGCAGAAGGUCAGGGAGGGAAAGGUCAACGUGGUCGAACCCCUGUCCAGGGAGAAGAAACAGAGGAAAGACUUUGAGGCAAUAGGAAGGACCAAGUCAUUACCGGGAGAAGCGAUGGAUCCCGAGUUUGAAGAUGGCGAGGCAGCUACCUCUAAGAUGCUUGGCAUGGAGUCUGUCACCCCUAUGGAGGGAGUGGUAGAGGCCAGUAUGAUAGAAUCAGAUCAGGCCAGAGUGACGACCGAUUCCGCAGACAUGCCUCAGUUCCAGAUGGCCACCGUCGAGAGGAUCGAUUUGUUCAGCGCCCCUGCAGUCUCGGUGGUCGACUCACUUCACGCCCCUGGACCACCCCCUCAGGGUCAGGGCCAGAUGAAAAUCAUGUGUAUGGACGAAGACGACUUCCAGUCCGAUACCGAACCGCCUGAAGACCAUGGGCCAUUCAAUGAACUUGAUCAGCUGCAGAAGAAGUCGGCACACAUGGCAGUAUUCAUACACUAUCUCAUAUCCAACAGCGACCCCUCAAGUCUGUUUUUCUACCUAGUAACAGAUUCAUAUGCCAGCGGUAACUUGAGGGAUAUGAAGAAAUGGGUCUACGAUAUCUUUUCAACUUUCUUGGGAAGUGGAGGGCCUCUAAGAAUACAGAUGGAUGAGAGUCUAGUGAACAAUAUAGAGCAUACCAUCAACACACAGCAGAACAAUGAAGAGGCAAUGAGGAACGUCUUCAUCGCCGCUCGCAACGUUGCCAGGGAGGAGGUGGACGACCUCCUGGCCGACUUCCGUCACACGAGGGCGCGCGGUCUGGGUUCCAUCUUCGGAGACCAGUACCUGACCAACGAGGACAUGCCAAAGAGCCAGGAGCUGAAGAUUGUGGAGUCGACGCUACUACCCCAUCUUGACAGGCUUACUUCAUCUGAAGUAGAGAAGGAGCCCAAGAACCAGGCCCUUGCUGCAUCACUCAACACCUUCAUGAAGCAAGCUGGUGUGAAGAACACGACCGGUAGUGCCCUAGAGAGGGCCCCUAGCUUCAUGAACAAGGACAGAAGAGGGCCCCUCAAGUUCCCCCGCUCCACCAAAAAGCAGUCGGUGAAAGGUCACGUAUUUCAAGAGAACCAGUAUUUAAACACCACUUUCUGCAACCAGUGUAAUGGUUUACUAUGGGGCAUUGGCUACCAAGGCCUUCAGUGUACUCAUUGUGAAUUUAAUGUACACAAGCAAGGCCCCUGUCUGGAGCAAAUUACCUCGGAAUGCCCGGGCAAGAAGAAAAAGAGGGACAAGGAACACAGAAAAACAAAAAGUAAUUUCCCUGCUAACAUUACCAUCGGCCAAGGUAAAGAUGAUUCCAAGGCGAUUCCGACCCCUCUCAGUCCGGCCAUUACUAAUGUCAUUCACAUGAAAGGGGACAAUGAUGAACUAGCGCAAUUGAAACAAGAUUCGCAAAAUGUUCAAGUCGCCAAGAACAUUGACGUCUCCAACAUGGUGGACCAGUUUGAGAAGAAGGACAACCUGCCCAACUCGACACCGGACAGCGCGGUAUUGUCGCCCUCAGGUCCGGACAGCCAGUCCCAGGGCGAUGACCACAGGGAGGUAAGCAAACAGCCCAAACAGAAGAGGAACAUCAUCAAAAGAUCGGCUAGUCUCAAGUCUAAGAAAUCCACAUCCAGCAGUCUGGAAAUUGAACAUCACAAGAAGAAGAUGAAUUUUAUCAAACGAUCAUCAAGUCUGAAAUUAAAGGGAGAAGAGAAGAAAGAAGGAAGGAGAAUUAGUGAAAACAAGAGAUCAAGAAGCAUUGAGCCUGGCAGCCAUACCAAAUCUAUUGAAAUAAGUGAUGUUGAUAUGGAUGGACAGUCCGUGGCUGCUGUACUAUCACCGUCCCAAACUAGUUCAUCGUCAAGUCUAUCAACAAACCGAAGUCAAGACUCCCCAAGAACAUCGCAAGAGCAGCUAUCCAGAGCUGUGGAGGAGGACGACUCCGACAUGGAAGCUGAGAUGAACACUCCCAACUGGCAGAAGAAGAUCGACAAAGACGUCAUCAAGAAACUCAAACCAAAGGAGGUCAAACGGCAAGAGGUCAUCAAUGAGCUGUUCCACACAGAAAAGACCCACGUCCGAAGUCUCAAGGUCCUACGUAAAGUCUUCUUCCUACCCAUGUUAGAACAGGAGAUUGUCGGCCUGACUAGUGCGACUAUAUACUACAUCUUCCCAAACAUCGAUGAGAUGAUUGAUAUCCACGGGUCCCUCAACAACGCCAUGAAAAGGGAAAAGAGAACGUCACAUAUAGUUCAGGAAGUCAGCCAAAUGCUUUUAGAAAGGUUUGAUGGGGAAUCCGGAGAGACGAUGAAGAGAGUGUGUGCAUCGUUCUGUCAGAACCAGAGUAUAGCCAUGGAGCAUCUCAAGAAACUUGUUAGGAAGGAGAAAGAGAAGGAGAAAGACAAGAAGGAAGGAUCUGUAUCAAGAUUCAUGGAUGAAGCUGAAGGGAACCCACUAUGUAGAAGACUACCACUGCCAGGCAUUGUAGCAACCGGAUACCAAAGAUUGACCAAAUACCCUCUACUCAUUGAGAAUCUACUCAAGUACACACCUGCCAAAAGUCCUGAGUACGAGCGACUGGGACGUGCCUUGGAGAAGAGCAAGGAGAUCCUAUCCUACGUCAACCAAGCGGUCAAGGAAUGCGAGAACCGUUGGCGUCUUAUCGACUACGACACCAGGAUGGACAGAACGCCACUGGACAAGUCCAAUAACCCUCUCGUCACAGAUUACAAGAACAUCAACCUGACACAACAUAAGAUGAUCCAUGAUGGCGUACUGACGUGGAAAGUCAAUAGGAAUAAAAGUAUAGAGGUCCAAGUGCUAUUACUAGAGGAGCUGAUUGUUCUGCUAUCAAAGCAAGAUGAUAAGUUGGUAUUAAAGCUCCAUUCUACGACAAACCAAGCAAGGGAAGAACUGAAGACCCACAGUCCUAUUAUCAAGCUCAGCACUGUCCUGUGCAGGCCGGUUGCAACAAAUAAGAAAGCCUUCUUCCUUGUCAGUACCUCAUCAGCGGCUGGUCCUCAGAUCUACGAGCUCUGCACCAAUUCGUCUCAGGAGAGACAGUCCUGGAUGGAUGUCAUCCUAUCCACGCAGGAUGUGGAGCGGAAGCAGGCUAAGGGAGGACGCCGUAACGCCAAGACAGCGGCCAACCCCAGACCUCUACCGCAAGAACUCUUACCUGUCUAUGAGGAGAGCUCAAAAGCUGAUGAGAAGCCAGAGAUCAACGGCCCACCUGAGGUGGUCAACAAUGUGGCCCUCGCUCCCCAAGCAGAAGUGGUCAGUCUGACCAACAGCUCAGAUGCCAAGUCUGAGACAGACUCAACAGAAGAUAUCAAGGCAGCUUUAGAAAACUCAUUAAAACAGGUUCCUGGUGAAGAAGCAACAUUUUCAGAGAGACUUCAGAGCUCACUACACAUUGUUCAUAGAACCAUACCAGUACUAGAUGAAGCAAUUGGCGAAUCAUCAGAGAACACUAUCCUAUUAAAGGCCUUUAACAGCCUAGCAAAGCAACUCUCAGAUCUCAAAGAGCAGCAUCAUUUGGAACAACUUGAAAUGAAGGUGAUGAAGGAGGAGAAUAAUAGUCUUCAGUCUGACUACGACGAGCUGAAAGCAGAACGGAGACAGUUGAAAGGAGAACUGACAGUCGCGAAACAUGAACUUGGAAACCUUCAACCCCACCAUCUCCAGAACAACCCCGGGUCCGUAGACUCCAUCCCUAAUACCGUUGACGAGGACCGACUCAUGACGGACAAGCAACGCAACCGCCAAUCCUACUCCGGAGAUUCGAGCGCUACCGAAUCAGAGGAUUCCAAAACGGUGGAGUCGUCGGAACCCGAGGAAUCUACGGUUGUUGUGGAUGAUGAGAAUAAGAGCUCGAACGAGCAGGAUUCCGAUGUUCCGGUGACUCCAAGCGAACUGAUGCAACCGGAGAUCUUCCAAACGGACACUCAGGUAGUGAAACCGGUAGUGAACGAACAGCUCCUGGAGUUGCAGUCGGCCGCUGGAUUACCCAGCGAAAGAACUGAGGAUGAGUCAGGGGUGUGUGUUCAGGAGGCCUUAGUCGCUGAGGAUAUCGCUAAUGGACUAGAAGAACUGAAGAUCAGUGAAUCGAGCCAAGAUUAUGAGAAUGGGAACGAGAAGUUGGAUGUGGAGGUUCAGGAGAAAGUUGAAGACACGGAAGAGCUGGAUGUGAUGAGAGAUCAAGCAAAUUCUGAAGUGCAAAAAUCAAACUCUGCAGUAGACGUUAACAGUAAUCCUAACCUAAGUACUGAUUCAGUCAGCCUGGAUGAUACGAUAAGUGUAGAAGGCGAGACUGACACUGAAAAAGCUCCUGUAACCGUUCAUCCCAACACUAUGGAUAUGUCAUUAGAUGAUGCUAACCUUACAACUCAAGAACCUGAUGUAUCCGCUGAACCUCCAACCCUUGAGGAUGACGGGUUACAAUCUUCCACCAAAGAGGAGUCAGACUCCCAGCCAUGCCUGAUUGAAGUCGUUGACAAGGAUAUCCCCAACGCCGAAGACAUCAUAUCAAGCGUAGAGGAGAAGACGGAGGAGAGCGUUGAACUCGCUCCGGAGGAGAAGUCGUUGACCACCAAAUCGGACGUGAUCCCGACGACGGACUUGACCGUCUCGGAGCAGACGCAACUGGACAGCCAGGAGGGUGGCAGUAGACCUGCGAGUCUCAUAUUGGACGACUCUGCAUCCUCAGAUGUCCUCAUCAACGCAUCAAUGGAGGAGAUGGAAGAGACUGAUGCAGGGAGACCCGGAGACAGGAAUUCACAAGGUGGCCUGCUUGCCCGUGCUAAACGCGUAUUCCAGGAAUGGGUCUAACCAUCACUUGCUAAUGCCAUGUAAUGCAAUAAAAGACCCUCCAUCAUUGAGACGGAAGCAGAGAUGGUAUGAGAGAGUUCCAACGUACCAGCCCGAGCCUAGGAUGACACGCAAGAGCCUGGAUUGAUAAAUAGAAAGGACUUCAUUUUAGAAGAUGAGGGAUGGCAUGAGUGAGAUCUAUAAUGCCAUCCCCAGCCAUGGAUGAUUGAUAUGCAAGGGCCUUGACUGAUUAACCUGCAUAGAAGGGACAUCAUUUUGCAUUUAUUGGGAGAGAGUAGGAAAUGCACAGGCCCAUCCGUAGAGGACACCAGCUCUAGUCUAGGAUGACACGCAGGGGUCCGACUGAUAAACCUGAGUAGAAAGGACAUAAUUUUGCAUCUUUGGGAGAGAGUAGGAAACAAUGCCCUUCAUGGACAGGUCCGUCCUUAAAACACACCAACUCCAGUCUAGGAUGACACGCAGGGGUCUGACUGAUAAACCUGAGUAGACAGGACAUCAUUUUGGAAGAGUAGGAAACGAUGCCCUUCAUGGACAGGUCCAUCCUUAGAACACACCAACUCCAGUCUAGGAUGACACGCAGGGGUCCGACUGAUAAACCUGAGUAGAAAGGACAUCAUUUUGGAAGAGUAGGAAGCUAUGCCCUUCAUGGACAGGUCCAUCCUUAGAACACACCACCUCCAGUCUAGGAUGACACGCAGGGGUCUGACUGAUAAACCUGAGUAGAAAGGACAUCAUUUUGGAAGAGUAGGAAGCUAUGCCCUUCAUGGACAGGUCUUUGACAACGUAGCUCAACCUGCACCUUCAAUGACCCAGUCACACUUCCACGUCUUGGCCAUUUGAGGGAAUGAUAAUAUUUGGUUCUUGUCUGUUGUUCGGUUUGACGGCGGCCACGUUGGUGUAGCUUGGUUUUUCGUUCUAAGUGCACUUGUGGAUGGAUCUUAGAGUGACAUCCAAGGAUUGUAUUGACCGUGAUGCACUACGCAAGAGAAUCGGAGACUGUGGUCUCUCAAGUGUUCUUCUGUGACAUACAUGGAGGUUGGCUUGAUGGAAAUUGCAUUACUAAAACAGUAUUUCAAGGGGUUACAUUGAGGAAAACUAUGUUAGACAGGAAUGUGUUGAUUUCUAAAAAGACCUUAAUAGUGUUAAACUGUAUGAGGCCCACUGAACGGGAACAUGUCUUAUGCAUAUCCUCUGUUGCUCCUGUAUCAAAUUUUAAAAAUAUCUCACAUCUACUAGUUUUCUGUAAAAGUUUUUUUCGAUACAGCCAUCUUCCAUAUCCCCAAACCCAGAAAUAAGGCCUAUCUUGUCUCCAUCAUAUUGAAAAGAAAAAAAAGUUCUAACAUAAAGUGUCAGUCAAAUCUUGGCAAUUAAAUCUAAUUUUCUGCUGAAGUAUAAUAUCAAAGAAGCGGCAAGAAGAUUUUGUUACCGAGUUGAACACCCCACUGAAAAUGGUUUUGAUGUUGCCCUCUCUAUGACCCCUUUGUUUUACAGCAGGUUAAAGGGCGGCGUUUCCUGCUCAUUUUUUAGUUUAUGAUGUAUUAUUAUUGACAUUUUUAGUGCAUAUAUUGGAAUUGGCAGUUCCAUGGAGUAAGAAUAUGUGAGUGUAAAUGUAAUUCUAAAUCUCUUAUUUAUAUAUAAUUAUAUAUAUAUAUAGCUUUACACAUACAAUAAGGAUGAAAAUAUAUUUCAUUUAUCGGGAUAAAGCUUUAGUUUCAUGUAAUGUCUCUAGAGUUAUAAUUAUUUUCAUCGUUUUAUGCAUUGCCAUAGACACAAGAGAAAGAAAGGAAAAUAAUAAGGAAACAGAUUAUCGUUACUAUACUCGGAAAAGGAUUUAGUGUACAUACAUUGUAUAUUUGUUCUUAUUUUUUAAUGUAUUCCAGUCUGUUACGACUCUGCUUUAUUUUGCAGGCACCGCUGGCAUUUUAUCCACAUCAAUUCCUGAUCAAAUUGAUUCAUAUAGUCAUUGAUUUGCUUUCUCAAGUACAGAAAGUAAUCUGUUUCUUUGCCUUCUGUAUUUAAGAUUGACA